AUGGGAGACUUCUCUGCGGACUCAAUUACAGGACCACUGGGGACUCACUCGAGUCAGUGUUUAGUGCCCUCAGACUUAAACGCCGAGAUUGAUGCAAUCUGGCCGGAGCUUCAACGUGUCUUUUGUGAUCUUCGUGCCAUCAGCAGUCCUGGCACGGAGGAAACGAUCGUGAAUGAUGAAGACCAAGAUGAAGUCUCUAGAAUUGAGGCGUUGGCUGCCCCUACUUCGCCCAAGCCGAUCUUGCAAGUCAUUCAUCAAGCCUGGGAAAUAUUCGACAGGCGUAUUCGGACCAAUCACCCUCUUUUCGUGGGGUUCAUUCCUUUCACUGCCAUGCAGUUGAGCUGGUUGGGUGACACUAUCGUGUCGGCAUUUAACGCACAUGUCGGGGGUAGAGUGGCUGGCUCCGGUCCGUGUGCAAUAGAACGCGCUCUGAUAGAGUGGCUUGCAUCGAGGAUCGGGUUGCCUCCUUCUGCCGGUGGGAUCUUCGUGUCCGGCGGCUCCGUUGCGAACCUGUCAGCGAUGGUUGUGGCUCGAGAUGACUUACUUACGCAUGAGGACUUUUCUCGAGGGAUCAUCUAUACAAGCGAUCAAGCUCACUACUCGGUCAGCAAGGCAGCUAGAAUUAUAGGGUUCCCUAGAGAUAGAUUGCGAACCAUCCCGUCCGAUUCCUCCUUUAGAAUGCACGUUUCCACGCUGAAGACCAUGAUCACCGAGGAGCGAAAGAAGGGAAUGAUUCCAUUCUUGGUGCUGGCCACUUUUGGCAGUACCAAUACAGGUACUAUCGACCCUAUCGCCGAACUCGCAGAGGUAGCUCGCAACGAACGCCUGUGGCUGCAUGUUGAUGGCGCCUACGGCGCGUCCGCUGCGCUGUUACGCACUCGUCCGGGCCUGGCGGACGAUUUGCGACAUGCGCAUAGCCUCUCCUGGGAUGCUCAUAAAUGGCUAUUCCAGACAUACGGCUUCGGCAUGCUCUUUGUCAAGGAGAAAUUGCAACAUUUACAUGAAUUGAUAUUGAUAAGCCGGACUUGCAUUAAUAUCAAUCCCACAUGGCCCUUCCGGUAA